CUUAGUCAUUAAAUAAUCUGAAUACAAAUUGAUCUUCAAUUGAAAAUGUCAUUCAUUCAUAUGUAAAUAAAUAUUGCAUCUGGAUUUAAACUCCACAUAGCCAAACUUCCAUUGUCAACAUCAAUCACCACCACCACCACCACCACCAUCCUUCCACAAUGACAUGCCACCGGAAAAUCUUGAUUGUCGCUUAUCCAGGCCAAGGCCACAUCAACCCAUCCCUCAGCUUAGCCAACAGCCUUGUCAAAAUGGGUGUCGAUGUCACCUUUUGCACCAGUGUUUUCAUAAUAAAACGCAUCGACAAAGAAACCAUCCCUCAUGGAUUAACCUUUGCUUCAUUCUCUGAUGGCCACGACAAUGGAAAACAACCAACUACCACCAUGCAACAAUAUACUUCAGAUAUUGCAACCAAUGGUGCUGUUGCAGUUGCAGAAAUCAUGACCUCUGCCGCGGCUGCAAGCAAACCUUUUGACCAUUUAGUGUACACCACUGUCCUAAAUUGGGCGGCUAGGGUGGCAAACGAACAAGGUGUCAAGUCCACUCUUAUGUGGUGCCAACCAGCCACUGUCAUGGCUAUUUACUAUUACUACUUCAAUGGUUAUGAUGGCUUGAUAUCCGGUAACAAGAACAACAUAACAUUUCCAAUCAAUUUACCUGGCUUGCCAACAUUCAUCAUGGCUGAUUUGCCUUCCUUUUUCUUGCUGCCAAAUUCAGAGGAAAAUGACUUUCUUCUAGAACUCACGAAGAAUCAUCUUGAUCUACUCAAAGUAUCCCCAAGAUUACUAGUUAACACUUUUGAUGAAUUGGAAAUCGAGUCCAUUAAAGCUAUGACGAAACUUGAGUUUGUUGCAAUUGGACCUUUAACCCCGACGGAAUUCUUCUACAAACCAAGAGCUGAUUGCAUCCAAUGGUUAAACACCAAGGAACAAUCUUCUGUGGUGUAUGUUUCAUUUGGAACGAUUGCGAGUUUAUCUAUUGAUCAACUCGACGAGAUAGCAAAAGGGUUACUCGAGAGUGGCAUGCCAUUUUUAUGGGUGAUACGAGAUAGUAACCAAGCAGAAAAAUUGAACAAGAUAGAGGACUUGCGAAAACAAGGGAUGAUAGUGGAUUGGUGUUCCCAGAUGGAGGUAUUGAGCCAUCAAGCAAUUGGUUGUUUUGUGAUGCACGGUGGAUGGAAUUCGACACUAGAGGCUUUGGUUGCUGGUGUUCCUUUGAUGGUAUUUCCACAAUGGUUGGAUCAGGAGACGAAUGGCAAAAUGAUUGAAGAUGUGUGGAAAACAGGGGUUAGAAUGAGAAGAAGGGACAGAGAUGGAGUUGUAGAAGGGAUGGAAAUUGUGAGGUGUGUGAAAAUGGUGAUGGGAAAUGAAGAGAUGAGAAGAAAUGCACAGAAAUGGAGGGAGUUGUCUAAAAAAGCUGUUAGCCAUGGUGGAUCAUCCAUCACCAAUCUCCAAGCUUUCUUGGCCCAUGCUUGAAACUGAUUAACGAAAAAUGCUAAAAUCACUUCACCAAACCAGAUCUCGUCGCUUUAUAACCAAAGGUCAUCACGAAUGAUCUUAUGUGAUGACAUGUCCUCACAAAUAGUCAUCAGUUUAUACACAAAUCUAGUAUUCUAUUGUAUGUAUGGGUGUAUCAAUGUUUCAAGAGAAAGAUGAAAUAAAAUCCUUUUACCUACAAAACAUCUACGUGCACGAACUUGAAUGUUUGUAGCCAUAGAGGCAAAGACCUUUUAGUACAAAGUAGAACUUUUA